GAAGCCUGAUGACACUCCCGGUAAAUCUUUCGUUAUUCCCAAGAAAGCGCGUUCUGUCGCCCACCAGUUCACCUCCAAAUUGGAAAAAGGAACCAGAGAUUGGGACAACAUUGCUGGGAUUCUGAAACACAGUUGCCGUGUAACUCGGAAUAUUGAUAGGUUUAUUUUAGAAAACAUGUGGUUGAUCAACAACGAGAAGCUCACUAGCCAAUAUAACCAGAAAAAACAAGACAUGAAAGACCAAGGACGAACACAGCAGGAACUGAAGGAGCUAUUCGCAUUUAACCUGUGCUCAGAUUUCCGACUAGCAACUAAUUUUUGUAAAUAUGGAAUGAAGGCUGGCAACGCCUUCAGUGGAAAUCAUCUGGGGGACUGUAAUAUGGGCGUUUAUUUCUACAGAUUUAUAGAUACGAUGAAGAAGUACAUUGGAUGGAUGAACAAAGAAUUUACUGGGUUUCUGGUGAUAUACAAAUUAAUGAGGGGCCGUGUAAAAAAUGUUACAGUACACAAGGAAACAGACUCAAUAUUGGAACCGGAUCCAAACUACGAUUGCCACACUUCCAAGUAUACGCUGUCACAGUUUCACACGAUGAGAUACGCAGAUGCCUACAUCUCUGGUCGGUACUAUGUCUACGAGUUUGAUGAUAACCUAGAGAUAGUAGGAAUUCCUCGGCAGGUGGUCCCGUACGCUAUUGUUGAGUUCCGCACUAAACCAGAUGAGAAUCAGAAGGAGAGGAACCAUCAGCCGGUCAUGAGAUCUAUUUCAGAGCUUCCCUCUUCCAAGACGCCUAAAGAAAAUCUGGAAGUAAUAAUAGACGGAGUACCUUUAGAUGCUCCUUUACCUGCCCCAGAACCAGAGAUAGCAGCUAAAGCCGGUCUCCUCCCCACUCCCACUUCUGUUACACCAGCCCUCCUGCCUACUCCUGAUGAUCCUGAGAAAAAGAUAUCAGAGAAAUUGGAUAACUUGCCUGCCAGACCUGACAAACCGUGGACAAAUCCUGGGGAUAGAACUCGCAGAGCCAGUAGCACUCACCAGUUCAACGCUGAUCUCAAGUCAGAACUAUUGGAAAUGCAGGAGAAAAACCUGAUAUGGUACCCGAUAAUAACCCAGAACAGCAACCAUUGGUACACCCCUAGUAUCACCCCUGAAGCACUUCAUAAGGUGAUGUCGUGUUAUGCCCGAAAGAAGAAAGAGAAACUACAUGAAACAUUCGUGUCCCUCAAGAUCAACUCCCGCGAUCACUAUUAUCCAUGUAACUUCCUCCAGCCUAUUAAGUUUGAUAACCUUGGGCUCCGUCAAAAGGACAUAUUACCCCAGAAUAUUUAUCAUGAAGUUAAGGAAACAGUGGAGAUUUACAACAUUAGGAAACAGCCAACUUAUAUUGGGAAGAUUUCUGCUAGGGGGAACUUUAUUGUCAAGAGUACACUUGUAUCAAGAGGAAAAUUUCUGAGCCAGGUGGAACUGGCAAUUCACUGCAACAUAAAGCUGCCCCCAAUAAACACGGUGAUAGACCUCACUAAAAACAUGUCCAUCAAAUAUGCACAAACGAUAUACAAGAAGAUGAAGUUUUCGACCCCUCCUGUAUUCAACGUUAACGACAGACCUAUCCGGAUGAAUGGACAAAUAAUCGUGUACAGCGAGCUGCGGCCUAUUAAUGAUAUCUACGACAACUGUUCUCAUCUCCAAACCUUCUUGUAUGCUAAACAUCUGAUUGCAGUCGCAGAAACACCCGACUGCGUGAUAAUGAUAACACCCAACUCUCCCCUGACACGUGAAUGGGGGGUGACGUGCAGGAAGCACCCAAUGCAGCUUCACGCUCUGAUAUCCUGGAAGGAUGCCUUCUUUAAAUCAGCUACCAGUAACAGUAACAGUUAUCAUAAAGAACAGGGUCUGAUUAAUCAGAGGAUUUCUGAUCUAGUGGGGUAGAAUAAAAGAUGUCUUGACUCUGUGGAAUUACGUUAACAAAGUCAAGAUGACACGUGAUACUCACGUAGUCAGUAACAAAUCUACACAGUAAGACGGUGAUCAUUAUUCAGAAUUUAUUUAAAGGUACCACUAUUUUAAUAAGAACCGAGAUGUCCCCACUUGCACUUAAUUGGAGCUGAUAACAGAGUAAAAUGACCCCUUUUUUUACAAUGAUGUUGAAAUUCAUAUGUGACAGUUCUGUGCUGUUAAUAUCAGUCUUAAGCAAUGUGACGAGAAUUUGUUUUGUAUCAUAAAGAGGACCAAUUCUCUACAAAUUAUUUUAUCAUUUGAAUGAUGUUAAUUUUAUUUAUAUUUUGAUUUAUAUUUCAUUCAUUUUUAUCUUGCAUUCUGACUGCUUAUACACCUUAUGUUGCAAAAACAACCCUCGAUUUAAAUACAAUUAAAAUAUUAUCAACCAUUAAAUAUUUGCAUGAUAAUUCCACUUAGAAGUUUGCUUUAGAAGAUAAACUUUAAAUUAAACCACCUUAG